UAUCUACAGCUUGCAAGGUUAAAUAUUCUCUUCCGAGAGAGAAUAGCUCCCAAGUUUUAAAGUUUUUCAUCUAAAUAAUCUCUUAAUUUGAAUAUACUUAACAAGACUAUUUGUCCUAAAUUUACACGUACAGUGUUAAUAACAUUCUUCAAAUCUAAAAUGAACGUUUCUGCUUUAGCCAGAUUAGGUAAACCUGUGUUGCGAUCAUCUUCUUGGUUACCUAUGAAAGUAAUAUCACGAACCAACUAUGUAAAUGUUAACCGGGAUGAAGAAUUUGAGGAUGUUAGUUGGGAUUCGCUUACAGAUCAAGCAGUUUCUUAUGCUUUUACUACUGAACUAUUUAGAGGAGCUGCUGUGUCUUUAGCUCACUUUUUCAAAGAACCCGCUACUAUUAAUUAUCCAUUUGAAAAAGGUCCACUGUCCCCACGUUUUCGAGGAGAACAUGCUCUUAGGCGUUAUCCAUCUGGGGAAGAAAGAUGUAUUGCUUGUAAAUUAUGUGAAGCAAUUUGCCCUGCUCAAGCGAUAACCAUUGAGGCAGAAGAAAGAGCUGAUGGAAGUCGCCGUACCACUCGUUAUGAUAUAGAUAUGACAAAAUGUAUAUACUGUGGUUUUUGUCAAGAAGCAUGUCCCGUUGAUGCAAUAGUUGAAGGGCCAAAUUUUGAAUAUUCUACCGAAACACAUGAAGAACUCUUGUACAACAAGGAAAAAUUAUUGAAUAACGGUGAUAAAUGGGAAUCUGAAAUUGCAGCCAAUAUACAUGCCGAUCAUCUUUAUCGUUAAGUUGAAAUUGAUGUAGUUGUCAUUAUUAAAAACAUGUGCAUUAGUUUUAUUUAUGUUUCAAACAAAGAUAAAAAAGUUAAAGUGA